CAGACAUUUGGAAUCUCUGACCCUGAGGGUGAAGAAAAUCAACAGCAAAAAAUAAUGGAGAGGGAACAGGCAGCUUUUCCAUCCAUUUCACCUAGUCAAAGUGAUGCUGAAAAGUUAAACAACAGUAGUGCCAAUAACAAUCAAACAGAGAAUUUAGAAAAACACGUCAGUUUACAUGAAAGUAAGAGGCCUCAUGAAUGUAACAUCUGCAGGAGAGCUUUCAGUCGUCCAGAUCGCUUGGAGAUUCACAAGCGGACACAUACAGGUGAGAAACCCUUUAAAUGUGAUGUGUGUGGGAAGGCAUUCAUCCGAUCAGGAGACUUACAGAGUCACAUCAUAAUACACUCGGGUGAUAAACCUUAUAAAUGUGAUGUAUGUAAAAAAACAUUUAACAGGUCUAGGAACUUACGAAGACACAUGAAGACACACACAGAGGAUGGACUUUAUAAAUGUGAUGUGUGUGGGAAGGCCUUUAACCAAUCAGGAAACUUAAACAUGCACAUUAUGAUACAUACAGGUGAUAAACUUUUUAUUUGUGAUGUAUGUGGGAAGGCAUUUAACCACUCAGGAAACUUACGUAAACACGUGAGGACACAUACAGGUGAUAAACCCUUCAAGUGUGGUGUGUGUGGGAAGGCAUUCAGUCAGGCAGGAAACUUAAACAUACACAUGAGGACACAUACAGGUGAAAAACCUUUUAAGUGUGACGUGUGUGGGAAGACAUUCAGGGAUUCAAUGGCCUUAGAGAAACACAUGAGGACACAUACAGGUGAUAAACCCUAUAAAUGUGAUGUGUGCAGGAAGGCAUUUAGCCAAUCAGGAAACUUAAACAUACACAUGAGGACACAUACAGGUGUUAAAUCUUUUAAAUGUGGUGUGUGUGAGAAAGCAUAUACCAACUCAGGAUACUUAAAGGUACACAUGAGGAAACACGCAGGUGAAUAACUAUAUACUGUUAAAAGAGAUGUUCUGAAGGACAUGCAACCAGUCAGGGCAAUCGAAGAAACCAUUACGAUACACAAAUGAGAUAAAUGCAUACCUUUUUAAAGUGUUGGAUAGUUAUUGUGAAAAAUGUUUCACAUACCAUGGUGAGGUGCAGCAGAACUAUCCCAAUAGCCAUCGUCCAACUAAAAAGGAUUCAAGUUUGUACUUCCUGCAUGGUAAUUCCAAUCAUCUCAAAAAUCUUUGCAGAUGGAACGUUAGUCCAGGCAAAUUUGGAGCAGAAAAGAAAACAGCAAGUAGAUGGAAAAAUUACAGACAACAUAGAUUACUUAUUGUAUGAAGAGAGGUUUGACAAUGAUGGCUUUUUCCAUAGCAGCACAAAAGAUGAAGGAUAGCUCCACAUUUCCAUAGCAGCACAAAAGAUGAAGGAUAACUCCACAUUUCUAUAUCAGCACAAAAGAUGAAGGAUAGCUCCACAUUUCUAUAGCAGCACAAAAGAUGAAGGACAGCUCCACAUUUCUAUAUCAGCACAAA